AUGUAUAAGGGCAGGGGAAGAUGUCAAGGCGACAUCACACAAAAAGGAUAUGAAAAGAAGAGGUCAAAAUUAAUUGGAGCCUACCUUCCCCAGCCUCCACCAGCGAAUGGAGCUGCCGUGGUUCGGUGUAGACUGCAGCACAGUGAAGUGGCGACGAGGAGAGCCUUCCGUCCUGCCCACAUCGGGGUGUGCGACAUCCGAGAAGCCGCGGCCCGGGAGCGGGAGCGGGCCGCCAGCGCCGCGGGGAACCGGCCUCUGUUUUACUUUCGUUUCGGGGUGGACCAAGCCUUGCCUCAGGAACGCCGGGCACCUGCCACCCCUUCCUCCGCCUCUCGCUACCACCGCCGGCGGUCCUCAGGGUCUCGCGAUGAGCGCUACCGGUCAGAUGUUCAUACGGAAGCCGUGCAGGCGGCGCUUGCGAAACACAAAGAAAGGAAGAUGGCCGUACCUAUGCCUUCCAAACGCAGGUCCCUGGUUGUGCAGACCUCCAUGGAUGCCUACACACCUCCAGACACUUCUUCUGGUUCUGAAGAUGAAGGCUCUGUGCAGGGCGAUUCCCAGGGAACCCCCACCUCCAGCCAAGGCAGCAUCAACAUGGAGCACUGGAUCAGCCAGGCCAUCCACGGCUCCACCACCUCCACCACCUCCUCCUCUUCCACACAGAGCGGGGGCAGUGGGGCGGCACACAGGCUGGCAGAUGUCAUGGCCCAGACGCACAUAGAAAAUCACUCUGCACCUCCUGAUGUAACCACAUACACCUCAGAGCACUCAAUACAAGUGGAAAGGCCACAGGGCUCGACAACAUCUCGGACAGCACCAAAGUACGGCAAUGCUGAGCUCAUGGAAACCGGAGACGGAGUACCAGUAAGUAGCCGGGUAUCAGCAAAAAUUCAGCAGCUUGUCAACACCCUCAAACGACCUAAACGACCACCAUUACGAGAGUUCUUUGUUGAUGACUUUGAAGAAUUGUUAGAAGUUCAACAACCAGAUCCCAACCAACCAAAGCCGGAGGGUGCGCAGAUGCUGGCCAUGCGAGGGGAGCAGCUGGGGGUGGUCACAAACUGGCCGCCCUCCCUGGAGGCUGCACUGCAGCGCUGGGGGACCAUCUCACCCAAGGCUCCCUGUCUGACCACCAUGGACACAAAUGGGAAGCCCCUCUACAUCCUUACCUACGGCAAACUGUGGACACGAAGUAUGAAGGUUGCUUACAACAUUCUACACAAACUAGGUACAAAGCAAGAACCCAUGGUUCGGCCAGGAGACAGGGUGGCGCUGGUGUUCCCCAACAACGACCCUGCUGCCUUCAUGGUGGCCUUCUAUGGCUGCCUGCUGGCGGAAGUUGUUCCUGUGCCCAUUGAAGUGCCGCUCACAAGGAAGGACGCAGGGAGCCAACAGAUAGGUUUCUUGCUUGGAAGCUGUGGUGUUACUGUAGCCUUGACCAGUGAUGCAUGCCACAAAGGCCUUCCGAAGAGCCCAACGGGAGAGAUCCCACAGUUCAAAGGUUGGCCAAAGCUGCUGUGGUUUGUCACAGAGUCCAAACAUCUCUCUAAACCGCCUCGGGACUGGUUCCCACACAUCAAAGAUGCAAAUAAUGACACUGCGUACAUCGAGUACAAGACGUGUAAGGACGGGAGCGUGCUUGGCGUGACAGUGACGAGGAUUGCGCUGCUCACUCACUGCCAGGCGCUCACACAGGCGUGCGGCUACACGGAAGCUGAAACCAUCGUGAAUGUGCUGGACUUCAAGAAGGAUGUGGGGCUGUGGCACGGCAUCCUGACGAGUGUCAUGAACAUGAUGCACGUCAUUAGCAUCCCGUACUCGCUGAUGAAGGUGAACCCCCUCUCCUGGAUCCAGAAGGUCUGCCAGUACAAAGCAAAAGUGGCUUGUGUGAAAUCGAGAGAUAUGCACUGGGCAUUGGUGGCCCACAGAGAUCAAAGAGACGUCAACCUGUCCUCCCUCCGCAUGUUGAUAGUGGCUGAUGGAGCCAAUCCCUGGUCUAUUUCUUCUUGUGAUGCGUUUCUCAAUGUCUUCCAAAGUAAAGGCCUUCGGCAGGAGGUCAUCUGUCCUUGUGCCAGCUCGCCAGAGGCUCUUACUGUGGCCAUCCGGAGGCCCACGGAUGACAGCAACCAGCCACCAGGCCGGGGUGUGCUGUCCAUGCACGGGCUGACAUAUGGUGUCAUCCGCGUGGACUCUGAGGAGAAGCUGUCAGUGCUCACAGUGCAGGACGUGGGCCUCGUCAUGCCUGGAGCCAUCAUGUGUUCAGUGAAGCCGGAUGGCAUCCCCCAGUUGUGCAGAACAGAUGAGAUUGGGGAGCUCUGUGUGUGUGCUGUUGCCACGGGAACAUCGUACUAUGGGCUGUCCGGUAUGACGAAGAACACGUUUGAGGUCUUUCCCAUGACGAGCUCCGGGGCCCCCAUCAGUGAGUAUCCGUUUAUCAGGACGGGCUUGCUGGGCUUCGUCGGCCCUGGGGGCCUGGUCUUUGUGGUGGGCAAGAUGGACGGCCUGAUGGUUGUCAGCGGGCGGAGACACAACGCUGAUGACGUCGUGGCGACAGCCCUGGCCGUGGAGCCCAUGAAAUUUGUCUACCGAGGAAGGAUAGCCGUGUUCUCAGUGACCGUCCUUCACGAUGAAAGGAUAGUGAUCGUGGCAGAGCAGAGGCCAGACUCCACGGAGGAAGACAGCUUCCAGUGGAUGAGCAGGGUGCUCCAGGCAAUUGACAGCAUACAUCAGGUUGGGGUGUAUUGCCUGGCCUUGGUACCAGCAAACACGCUCCCCAAAACCCCGCUUGGGGGAAUACACCUGUCGGAAACGAAGCAGCUCUUCCUGGAGGGCUCUCUGCACCCCUGCAACGUGCUCAUGUGCCCGCACACCUGUGUCACCAACCUACCUAAGCCGCGGCAGAAGCAACCAGAAAUCGGCCCCGCCUCUGUGAUGGUGGGAAACCUGGUGUCUGGGAAGCGGAUUGCCCAAGCGAGUGGAAGAGACCUGGGGCAGAUAGAAGACAAUGACCAGGCCCGGAAGUUCCUGUUCCUCUCCGAAGUCUUGCAGUGGAGGGCGCAGACCACCCCGGACCACGUACUGUACACGCUGCUCAACUGCCGGCCCCUGCCACAGCAGCCCAUAGGCUCCACCUGCCCAUGUGCUCUUGGCAGGAUCCAGAGCUCUGUGGGGUCGGCUACAAGAAUAGACCUCAUCGCAGCAUUUUAUGGUUGCCUGUAUGCAGGCUGUGUGCCAAUAACCGUCCGGCCUCCACACCCCCAGAACAUUGCCACGACGCUGCCUACAGUCAAGAUGAUUGUGGAGGUGAGCCGCUCUGCCUGUCUGAUGACCACACAACUAAUCUGUAAACUGCUACGGUCCAGGGAGGCGGCGGCGGCUGUAGAUGUCAGGACGUGGCCCCUCAUCCUGGACACAGAUGAUUUGCCAAAGAAGAGGCCGGCUCAGAUCUACAAACCUUCCAACCCAGACACACUGGCCUACCUUGACUUUAGUGUGUCCACAACUGGGAUGCUAGCUGGCGUAAAGAUGUCCCACGCAGCCACCAGUGCCUUCUGCCGUUCCAUUAAGCUGCAGUGUGAGCUUUACCCCUCUAGAGAAGUGGCCAUCUGUCUGGACCCCUACUGUGGGCUUGGGUUUGUCCUCUGGUGCCUCUGCAGUGUGUACUCGGGGCACCAGUCCAUCCUCAUCCCGCCCUCCGAGCUGGAGACCAACCCCGCUCUGUGGCUCCUCGCCGUGAGUCAGUACAAAGUCCGGGACACCUUCUGCUCCUACUCCGUGAUGGAGCUCUGCACCAAGGGCCUGGGCUCACAGACAGAGUCCCUCAAGGCACGAGGACUGGACUUGUCCCGAGUAAGGACAUGUGUGGUGGUGGCUGAAGAACGUCCCAGAAUUGCUCUCACACAGUCUUUCUCAAAGCUGUUUAAAGACCUGGGCCUCCACCCACGGGCUGUGAGCACUUCCUUUGGCUGUAGAGUGAACCUGGCGAUUUGCUUACAGGGCACAUCAGGACCCGACCCCACCACCGUCUACGUUGACAUGAGAGCCCUGAGGCACGACAGAGUCCGGCUGGUAGAAAGGGGGUCUCCCCACAGCUUGCCUCUCAUGGAGUCAGGAAAGAUACUUCCUGGGGUUCGGAUCAUAAUUGCCAAUCCUGAAACAAAAGGACCACUGGGGGACUCGCACCUUGGGGAGAUCUGGGUCCACAGCGCCCACAAUGCCAGUGGCUAUUUUACGAUUUACGGAGAUGAAUCCCUCCAGUCGGAUCACUUCAACUCCCGGCUGAGUUUUGGAGACACCCAGACCAUCUGGGCCCGGACCGGCUACCUGGGCUUCCUGCGGAGGACGGAGCUCACGGAUGCAAGCGGAGAGCGCCAUGACGCGCUCUACGUGGUGGGGGCCCUGGACGAAGCCAUGGAGCUGCGGGGGAUGAGGUACCACCCGAUCGACAUCGAGACCUCUGUCAUCAGAGCACACAAAAGCGUCACAGAGUGCGCGGUGUUCACCUGGACAAACCUGCUGGUGGUGGUGGUGGAGCUGGAUGGGUCAGAGCAGGAAGCCCUGGACCUGGUCCCACUGGUGACCAACGUGGUGCUGGAGGAGCACUAUCUGGUUGUGGGGGUGGUGGUGGUGGUGGACAUUGGGGUGAUCCCCAUCAACUCCCGAGGGGAGAAGCAGCGCAUGCACCUGCGCGAUGGCUUCCUGGCGGACCAGCUCGACCCCAUCUACGUGGCCUACAACAUGUAGCCCCGCCCAGCCUCUGUGGACUCCUGGAGGGACGCGGGCGGCGUCUCAGUGUCCACCCAGGCAUGCGGACAGGCGGGGCGUGGGGCCCAGUGCGGGGCGGGGAGCCGCCCUCUCGGAGCAGAAACCCCGGCGUGGAGAUGAAAUGUGAAUUUACCACUGAAUUUUGCUCAGAAGGACUUUGGAUUACUGCCUUCAGUUUGUUGGAAACGCUCAUUUCAAAAACUUCCUUUUCUUUUUUUUUAAUGAUCGGAUAAUAAGUGCUCUCUUCGUCAAUGUGGGAUUUUGUUAAGCCGAAAUAGCGAUUAAAAAAAAAACACAUUCUGCCCUCCAGAUGGGUUCUUUUAAACAAUUUAUGUAGUGUGACAAAGAAUUGUUUUCUCUGUUUUAAUGUGUCAUGAAAUCUUAAUGACAUGGAAAUGUUACUGAUUUAAGCCAUUCAUUGCUAGAUCUCACCCUUCUAGGAGAGUUUGUUGAGGUACGAGAAACCUAACAGGUAGCCUCGGGCAGCUGGGUCUUAGCUGUUUUGUCAGAGACGUGCUGAAAACAGAGGCCUGUGUCUGGCCUUGGCCGUGAGCAUAGAACGAAAAGCGACUAUAAAUAAGGUGUAUUUCGGCAACUAUCUUGCAAAUAUCUUUGUACUAAACUGAAAAGAUAAAAUAAGUUAACUUCCUCAAUAUGUAAUUAUGUACAAAAUGUUUAAUUUAUUUUGAUCUCUUUAGAAGUAUAAAAGAGAAAAACAUUCAAGAAUAUUAAAGUCUUGUAAUGUUUGCUAAUAUAAAAAAAAGUGUUGUAUUAUCUUGCGUGGAUAGUAUCACAACAAAUAUAUAUAUAUGAAAUAUAAAUUCACUAAUGAAAAAAGGAGAUUUUAAAGUUUAAAUGCAGAACCUGUCACUUGCAUGGUGCGCCUCCACUGUCCGCAGCCCCUCCCCCCACUGCGGCCCAAGCGAGCCAUCACGGAUUGCCACUCGCCCGCUCCGCUCCCCAAGUUCCUUCUAGAACCCCAGACCAGUGAGGGGCGUGCCCACCACCACUAGGGCGGUGGUGGAGCUGAAGGCUCGGUGUGCACCGUGGUUCCCUCUGCUGGGGCCGACAGUGAAUGCGUUUGUACCAGCCUGUGCCCACCACAUGUGGGCUUCCAGGCUGGCACAUGGCACUGUUUUCUUAGCUGCAAGAAUUUGUUGCACAAUAUGGUUUUCUUUUUUUUUUUUCUUUUUCUUUUCGUCAAUGUCGCCUUUUUUUUUUUGCUUCCUUGAUAUGAAAAGAAUGACACUGUGUGGUCACAUGUUCCGGGUUUCACUGAGCUGUCCUCUGCCGGCCACUAUAGGAACGGACAGGACGUCCAGACAGCUUUGAGAGGAAGAAGCUCCCGUCAUUGAUGUCACCUCCCCUGAAGACACAGCCACCUCUGUAAACCUCUGUCUCGGGGUCCUAGCUCACUUGAAGACCCCACCCCACCCGCCUCCGGGACAUCUAGAGGAGCUCUGGCAUCCGCCUCCUGCUCGUAUGCGGGAGCCACAUCCCUGGUUUCUGUCCCUGCCCGGCACACCCUCUGAUUUGCACAGCUCACCUGUGGGUUUAUACAUUGAAUCGGCCUGUGUGCAGUCAAGAAUCAGCUUUCAGAGGAGUAAGACAGACUGGUUUUCCAAUUGCCACCGUCUGGUCCUGCCCUCACUCUGGCUACUCAGAUGCAUGACAAAGACCACAGCUGAGCGGGAUCUAGAUUCUUCCUUGCCUGUGUUGUAGAUGGUGUUCUUGCCUUUGUUUGAUGCAGCUGCCGGUAAGCCCUUUGCUAACAGAGAGUUUUGUUUGACUUCUGAGAUCCAAGGCAGGUUAUUUUUUAAAAAGUGGCACAUUUUUAAAAUUUUGUCUAUAUAUGUGGAGAAUAGUUCCAUCUUUGCAAAUUACUUGGUUUUUAAACUAUUAUUUGUUCUUGCUUUGUAUGAGUAUUUGUGUCCGUGCUUCAGACAAACAUUCCUACAGCCUUCUGCUUCCUAUCGGGAUAAAAUCCCCACCGCACACAGACAAAAAAGACAUUUUCUUACGCACUCACACCUUGUUUAAGGGGAAGUAGGUCUCAAACUUCAGAUAGGACACUCCUCACUGAAUAUCCUUGCAACGUGCAGUGUCAGGAAGCCAAACAAAUCUAGACGUCACUUCAAGCAUAACUAACUUUCACCAUAUCAACUUCACACCCAAGGAGGGCGAGCGCUGCAGGGCAGCUGUGGAAGCGAUACCAGCAGGUCUCUUCUGUAUCCUGUCAUCUCCCAUGUUAAGAGUUUAGGGUCAAAGGAGUUGGUGGACUGGGCUCGAGUUUAGUUGUGCAAGCAAAAGGAGAGGAGACACUUAGCUACCACCCGUCUCAGCAAUAAAGAAGGAUUGUUCGGUAUUAGGAAUUGUACUGUAGAUAAAAUCAUUCAUGAGAAUGUAAAAAAAAAUAUAUUUGUCUUGUGACCUUGUGCUUUUGAAGUCAGCCAAAACCAUGUAAUCAACUUGCACAAAAAGAGGGUACACGAUGAACGUUGAAACACAGACCUGAUCCAACAGGAGCAGAUUCCUUAUGGUGCUUGUUUAUUCUAUAUAUUUAAUCCUGCUUGACACUUUACCCAAGGGGAAAACGGUCCCUUUUAUCAGUUGAAUGUUAGCAGCGUUAUUUCAGAGUGUGGGGACUGGUUAGAGAAGUUCAUGUACUCAACCAACCACAGUUUCAAACAAAAUUUUUAUGUGCAAAGGACAGCAACCUUCUUGUAUGUUCAACCACCAGUACGCUUUGUACAUCUGUGAUAACGCCUGUUUUAUAUUCAAAUGAACAAAUAAAAGCUUUUAUUUUUGUUGCUC